AUGCACGAGACGGUAAAGAUCGAUUCACCGUCUGCCGGCGACUCGAUGCAAACUGCUUCGGUCGAGUCGUUAAGUGGCCCGACCGAAAUGGUCGUGGCAAAUUAUGUCAGUUCAAAGUUCCGUUAUUCCGUUGGGCAACACGGCAACCAUGAUGACGCUAUCGUUGCCACCGAAGUCAAGAUCGAAACGCCACCCGUCUGGUCGCCGCUGCAUGUUCGACCGGUCGAAGCGGACGCGUGCCGAUACGCCGUUCCAGUUCAAUGCCGAACAUCGAGGUGCGGUUUGUUUCGGACGACAUCGAGUACGUCCCGGUGCGAGUUUCUAUAG